CCGACUGUCUCCGACCACCAUAACCUAGCUCACCUCAUACAGCAGUCAGCAGCUAUAGGCACACAGACCACAGCCAUGAAGCUCCACAGCCUCUGCAUCAAUGUUCUGCUUAUCCUCAUCUUCUUGACCAUCUACAGCCCCUCAGGGGCAGAACAGAGGCAAGGUCCCUCUAAUGGAAAUGCACUGCGCAAGCUAUUCAAGAAAAGAGAAGUCCAGAGCAGGCCUGCAGGCGAGCUAGUCGUCUCUCAAGUGAAGGCUAAAGAAUUUCUCUCAGCCCCCCGGAGGCCCAGGAGGAACCUGUGGGACCGCAGCCGUCCAGACGUGCAGCAGUGGAUCCAGCAGUUCAUGUAUAUGGGCUACGAUGAGGCUAGGCUUGAGACAGACCUCUCUCACUGGAUGGACUACGCCAGAGCAAAUGAUCAAGGGAGGCAGCAUCAUUAUGAUGAGAAUGCUGCAAUGGCACCACAACAUCCCAGCUCCUACAGACAUGGUGCCAAUGUCAAUUAUGACUACUAUUAAACUUGUUUCUUGAUGGUUAAAGUAGCAGAUUUUUACAAGCUCCUUAUAUGUUUCCCACUGUAGUCGGCACAGAAACAUAUGCCCUCUCAAAAGUCAAGUAACAUUAUUUGACACCACUGUUUAUAAGGAUACCAGGCUUUCAUGCCAGCUGACAAACCUACGCCAACCGCUACAGGAGCUGACUCCAGCUGAUCUCAGCUGGUGUUUGUGUUGUGUUUUCCCCUCAAAGUGACAGCCACUUGUUGACAAUGUCAUAUGACACUAAUGUAUUUCAGAAUGUUUUUCUAAGCGAAAAUAAGAAAACAUCCUCUGCUGAGAUCAAAUUUAA